GCGGCCGGAGGCGGGAGUCAUGGACCGUCCCGGGCCGCCCUGCGGCCGAAUGGACAGACAGCAGGACCGCGACGUGCGCGAGCUCGUCCGCCACUUGGCGGGCGUCCAAGACGAGGCGGACCCCAACUUCCAGCUUGCCCUGCACUUCGCUUGGUCCAACUUCAGAUUUCAUCGUUUCUUGGAUGUCAACAGCCACAAAGUAGAAAAGAUAAUAGAAGGAAUUUAUGAAAAGUUCAUCAUCCAUUCUGAUCUCAGCAAAGCUGCUAGUUGGAAGAGAUUAACUGAGGAAUUUUUAAAUGCAUCGCUUCCGAACAUAAAAGAAGUAAAGACAGAUACACACUAUUCCAUACUGUCACUUCUUCUGUGUCUGUCCGAUUCUCCUUCAAACAGCAAUUAUGUGGAAACACCAAGAGUUAAAGAAGUGGAAAAGAAAGAUGAUUUUGACUGGGGAAAAUAUUUGCUGGAAGGUGAAGAAAUUAACCUUGGUCUAAAUGUAGACACACCAAAUUGGUCUGAAGAAAGUGAAGAUGAAGAUGAUCAACAACCACUGAGCAGAGAGGACUCUGGGAUUCAGGUGGACAGGACACCAUUAGAUGAACAAGAGCAAAACAGAAAACCGGGGCCUUGCAUCAGCUGGAAAGAUGAGUCAGAUUGCCGAAGCUGGCUGGAGCAGCAUGUGGUCCGUCAGUACUGGACAACUGGGUCAUCAAGAUUUCCUCAUAGUUUGCAUUUGCAUUCCAAUUUAGCUGCUGUCUGGGACCAACAUUUGUACAUCAGUGACCCGUUGUAUGUGCCAGACGACAGAGUAGUUGUUACUGAGACACAGGCUAUUCGGGAAACCCUAUGGUUACUUUCAGGGGUAAAAAAGCUCUUUAUAUUUCAGUUGAUAGAUGGGAAAGUAACGGUGAGAAACAAUAUUAUAGUAACACACUUGACACAUAGCUGCUUGCGAUCAUUGCUGGAACAAAUCGCUGCCUAUGGCCAAGUUGUUUUUCGGCUCCAGGAAUUCAUUGAUGAAGUCAUGGGGCACAGCUCUGAAAACAUGUUACCUGGAAAUGGUUCCAUUCCUAAAAAGUCCACUGAAGCUCCCUUUAGAACAUACCAGGCUUUCAUGUGGGCCCUGUACAAAUACUUCAUUAGUUUCAAAGAGGAACUGACAGAAAUUGAGAAGUCCAUCAUCAAUAAUGACACAACAAUAACUCUUGCAAUAGUUGUGGACAAGUUGUCACCUCGACUGGCUCAGCUCAAAGUUCUAAACAAAGUGUUUAGUACUGGAGUUGCAGAAGUUCCACCUGACACUCGAAAUGUUGUCCGAGCAUCUCACCUUCUCAACAUACUGUACAAGGCCAUUCUUGAGUAUGACAAUGUUGGAGAAGCCUCUGAGCAAACCGUCUCCCUGCUGUUCUCUCUCUGGGUGGAAACGGUACGGCCCUACCUCCAGAUUGUGGAUGAGUGGAUCGUGCAUGGACAUCUGUGUGACAGCGCCAGGGAGUUCAUCAUCCAAAGAAACAAAAAUGUUCCAGUCAAUCACCGAGACUUUUGGUAUGCAACGUACACAUUAUACAGCGUAUCAGAGAAAACAGAGAAUGAAGAAAAAAUGAGUGAUAAUGCGAGUGCGAGUUCAGGCAGUGACCAGGGGCCCUCCAGCAGGCAGCACACUAUGGUGUCCUUCCUCAAGCCCGUGCUGAAACAGAUCAUAAUGGCUGGCAAGUCUAUGCAGCUACUGAAGAAUCUGCAGUGCUCAGAGGGCACCACCUGCCAGGCCACAGCCAGAGAUGCAGACAGAAAAAGCUUAUAUACCCUCUUUCUGGAAUCUGUGCAGUCACGUCUGCGACAUGGAGACGAGUCCACUGCCGUGGACUGCACCGAGCAACAAGCAACCAAAGAGAACCUAAUAAAGAUGCAAUCCAUUGCUGAGAGGCAUCUGGAACUGGAUGAUGCUCACGAUCCUCUGUUGGCAAUUAACUUUGCAAGGUUGUAUUUGGAACAGAGUGAUUUUCAUGAGAAGUUUGCUGGUGGAGAUAUAUGUGUGGACAGAUCAUCAGAGUCUGUGACGUGUCACACCUUUGAAUUAACGCUGAGGUCUUGCCUAUAUCCUCAUAUUGACAAGCAGUAUCUUGAUUGCUGUGGAAACCUCAUGCGCACUCUAAAAAAAGAUUACAGGCUGGUUGAGUACUUACAGGCCAUGAGAAAUUUUUUCUUAAUGGAAGGUGGUGAUACUAUGUAUGACUUCUACACAUCAAUUUUUGAUAAAAUUAGAGAAAAAGAAACCUGGCAGAAUGUGUCUUUUCUUAACGUCCAGCUCCAAGAAGCAGUAGGACAACGCUAUCCUGAGGACAGUCUGCGUCUAUCUAUAUCUUUUGAAAAUGUUGACACAGCUAAGAAGAAACUCCCUGUUCAUAUCUUGGAUGGCCUGACCCUGAGCUACAAGGUCCCAUGGCCUGUGGACAUUGUUAUAAGUUCAGAAUGUCAAAAAAUUUAUAAUCAAGUGUUCCUUCUUUUACUGCAAAUAAAGUGGGCAAAAUAUAGUCUGGAUGUUUUGCUAUUUGGUGAACUUGCUAGUACUGCUGAAAAACCACAACUUAAAGAAGGACUUGUAUGUGAACAAGACAUAGCUGCUCAGUUUGGACCACAGAAGGAACCAGUGAGGCAGCAGAUUCAUCGUAUGUUCCUCUUAAGAGUAAAGCUCAUGCACUUUGUGAACAGCUUGCACAACUACAUCAUGACCAGGAUUCUUCACAGUACCGGGCUAGAGUUUCAGCAUCAAGUUGAGGAAGCCAAAGAUUUAGAUCAGUUGAUUAAAAUUCACUACAGAUACUUGUCAACCAUUCAUGACCGAUGUCUACUGAGAGAAAAGGUCAGCUUUGUGAAAGAAGCCAUCAUGAAGGUGUUGAACUUGGCACUCAUGUUUGCAGAAGGUUGGCAGGCGGGCCUGGGAGCUUGGCGAAUGGAAUCUAUAGAGAAAAUGGAAUCUGAUUUUAAAAACUGCCAUAUGUUUCUCGUAACCAUUUUAAACAAAGCUGUCUGCCGAGGAUCCUUUCCCCAUUUGGAAUCUCUAGCACUGUCCCUCAUGGCCGGCAUGGAACAAAGUUAAAGAUCUCAAUGCAGUAAACAUCACAGACCUAAUCUGCAUUUUGACCACAUGCAGAAUCUUUAGUUUGGCUCAUUUUUAAAACUUACCUACUAUCAACACAGAUGGGUUGUUACUGUCUUUACUACCUGUUUUCUCUGGAGACUAUUAGAGAAUGUAUAGGCUGUAUAUAUUGUAUCAAUAAUGCAAAAUGUACACAGGCUGUUGCAAUUAUAUUUCUUACUGUAAGCUAUAGCUAUAUGGUAUUUAUGCCUUUAAAUGUGAAUUAUAUCAUUUUUAAGAAUAGAAUUUAAUAUUAAAAAUAAUUUAAACUUUUAAAUUUCUUUUGUUCUCCUUUUGCUCGGUCACAGAAUUUUUAUAGAGAGUUUUAGAUGCCAUCUUCCCAGAAAGUUGUCUUAGUUUUGGCUGUCAAAAAAUGUAUUUUUUAUAUGUCUGGUUAGUUCCAAUAUCAAAUGUAAAAGCCAACAACUUCACCUAAGACCAACUGUUGGUUAUUAUUUGGCACUUCUCAGCAAUAUUUGUGAGCUAGUCAGUUAUAUUUAAAUAAAAUUAUGCU